AUGAACUCUCCAGAAAAAUCAUAUUGGUCGGAGACUUUUCGGAGAAAACAAUCAAAGCUGCCAGCUGCUGGGGUAACCUCAACAAACGAACUGUCGUAUAGAGGAGAAAAGGUAAGGACACCAGAAUAUAAAAGCUCUAUCCCACAUCGGCGCAAAGUAGCAAGAACCACGACCAUGACCAUAUUAUGUGUAGAUACAUAUUUUUGGCAUGAUUUAUUUCCGGAGUUAUUUCCACUUCUGAUAUUGCUGUUGCUUAGCUUUCAAAGCCUUUUAACAGCACAUGAAGAUCCAACUUACAAGGACAUACAGGUGGGAGUGAUUCUUGACAUGGAAUCAGGGGUAGGGAAGGUCAUUUAUCAUUGCAUUACCAUGGCUAUCUCUGACUUUUACGCAGCCAAUCCUGACUACAGAACAAGAAUAGUUUUUAUGACCAGGGAUACCAAAGGAGAACCACUACAUGCCGUCUCUGCUGCUGUGGAUCUUUUGGAGAACACUCAAGUGCAAGCGAUAAUAGGUCUAGAAUCAACAGCCCAAGCAAGAUUCUUGGAGGUUUUGGGAGACAAAGCCAACAUACCAAUUCUUUCAUUUUCAACAAGUCCUUUUUCGAAUCAGAAUCCUUAUCUUCUUCGAAUUGCACAAGAUGAAACCACUCAGUUCAAAGGCAUUGCUGCCAUGGUAGAUUCCUUUAAAGCAAAGAAUGUGAUCGUUAUCUGCGAGGACACUGCAAACGGGAGAGAAAUGGCUACCUAUAUGGCUAGAGAGUUUCAAGAGAAAAACAUACAUGUUACGUAUACUAGCCUAAUUUCAACAUCUGACAGCAACCAACAAGUCCAGGAAGAGCUUCGUAAGCUUCAAACUAUGCAAGACACGGUGUUUAUAGUGCAUACACCACCUUCUCUAGCAUCCAAUCUUUUCUCCAUUGCAAAAGAGAUGGGAAUGAUGGGUGAAGGAUACAUGUGGAUUGUAACAAGUAAGACUAUGGACUUGUUGGAUUCCAUGGAUACUGAAGCAAUCGAAUCAAUGAAGGGGGUUGUUGGUUUCAGAUCAUAUUUUUCAGCAUCAAGAGAGCUUCACAGCUUUGUUUCAAGAUGGAGAAAGGAAUAUUAUGCUUUGAACCCUUUUAUGGAGUUUAAGGAGGUAGAUUUUAAUGGUAUAUGGGCAUAUGAUGCAGUUUACGCACUUGCCAUGGCUGUUGAGAAGGAACAAACUAGAGAAUUAGCUUCGAAAGACUUGGGUACCAAUAUUGGCACAUCACUACUUUUAGAUGAGAUGUUAAGAGUCAAGUUCCAUGGUUUAGGUGGUGAAUUCAAGCUUAUGAAUGGGAGAAGCAUCUCAAAAGCCAUGGAAGUUGUAAAUGUGAUUGGUAAGGGUGGUAGGAGGGUAGGGUUCUGGAUGAUGAUGUCUACGAAUGGUGAGUUUGUGAAAGAAAUAGGAAAACUUAAUUCCUCUUCCAAUUAUCAUGGCCUGGAAAGUAUCAUGUGGCCGGGUGGGACUACAAGCAUUAAUCCAAAGCGCAGGAUGCUACAAACAAAUGGCAACAAGAAGCUGAGGAUUCUGUUUCCAAGUUCCAGCAGAUUCCAAAAUAUAGCACAAAUUAGUGUUGAUCCAAGAACAAAUCUGUCAGUUGUGAGUGGGUUUUGUGGGGAUGUCUUCAAUGCUGCGUUUAACGCCUUAGAUUAUGGAGUAGGGAUUGAGGUUAUUCCGUUCUCUUAUAAGGAUGGAAUUACUUACAAUGAUGUGAUCCAAAAAAUCUAUCUUAAGGAAUAUGAUGCUGCUAUUGGGGAUUUUACAAUCACAGCAAAUAGAUCUCUCUAUGUCGACUUCACAUUGCCCUUCACUGAUCUUGGAGUUGGCAUAGUAGCCCGAAAUGCCAAGAAAAGCAUGUGGAUCUUCUUAGAUCCUCUCAGUGCAAAUCUUUGGAUCACAACUGCUUUUUUCUUUAUCUUUUUAGGGUUUGUGAUUUGGUUUAUCGAACAUCGUACAAACCAAGAAUUUCAAGGUUCACCAACAGAGCAAAUCGGAACAACCCUCCGGUUUGCCUUUUCAACCCUUGUUUAUGCUCACAGGGAGAAGCUGCAAAGUAAUCUAUCAAGAUUUGUGGUUACUGUUUGGCUAUUUGUAGUGCUUGUGCUCACAUCAAGUUACACUGCAACUUUGAGUUCACUUUUAACUGUGCAACAGAUUGGAAUGAAGGAGAUGUCUAUCGGCUUCCAGAGUCUUUCGCCUGUAGGAGUUGUGUAUAACAAAUUGAAUGUUGUUGAGGCCUGGUCAGAGAAACUAUAUGCACCUGAGGACUACGCUAAAGCAUUAACAACUGGAAAAGUUGAAGCAAUCGUUGCUGAGAUCCUUUACAUCAAAACAUUUCUUGCAAUGUAUUCAGGUGCUGAUUUCUCCUUGAUUGCAACAGCACCCACCACCAAUGGCUUCGGCUUUGCGUUCCAGAAAGGUUCACCUUUGGCCAGAGAGAUGUCGACUCAGAUAGCGAAAAUGCGUGAAGAUGGGACACUGAAAGCAUUAGAGGAUAAAUGGUUGAAACGUGAAUCUGCAUUGAUGUCAAAGGAUUUUUCUUCCCCUACACCAAAAAUCUUGAAUCUUUAUGGGCUUCGGGGCCUCUUUCUUAUCAGUGGUGUGUCGAUGGUAUCAGCCCUUUUGGUGUCCAUUAUUUGUCUUGUUCGUGAAAAAUGGCAUAUGAAAGAUAAGAUGAAGAUAUGGAGGUGCGUCUUACAUAGAUCUUCAGAAAUACAUGCACACGAAAGUGACGUGGAAUCAACAGUGUGACUUUUCUGUAAUGUUAAAUACGAAUAACUUUACCUAACAUCUUGUUUCUAUGUAAGAAUCAAAAUUUCUGUCAAAUGUAU